AAAAUAACAAACGAUUGCAUUUUGCAAGUCAUAAGGGUGAAGAGAGAAGCAUGGUUUUCUUUUCCGUCCCUAGCUGAUGUUUCUUUUUGAGCUGUCGCCUUCGUCAAUUGGUACGGGAAAAGUACAAGUCAUUACUGGCCUUCAAAAGUCCUUGCCAUUCUCAACAACAAACACAAGCGCAACAAAACACUCCAAAACCAGUUCAGAACAACACAAACGCUAAAUCCCAAACCAACUCAUGUUCCAUCCCCGCUUCUAUUCCCUUCAAUGCACGUAAAGUCAUCUUCACGCUCUAAAUAUCCUGCCCUUUUUUCUAAGAUAACGGAGAGAAUUGUUUACUGGUUACACUAUGCCACGCUCGAUCCCGCCGCUGCCGCCACCGCGGCAGCAACCGCUGUUGAUUCACCACCAGCGUCCUUUACCCACACGCCUCAUCUUCCCGCCAAUCGCAACCGUCGCAGCCGCCUUUUCAAUCUUAUUAGUUCUAUCCUUGUGCCUUCGCAAAAUCCGGCGUAAACGUACAGUCCCUGCCGACUCCAAGCCACCACAUCGGUUCUCCUAUUCCAUCCUCCGGCGUGCCACUUCCUCGUUCUCCGCCUCUUGCCGCCUCGGUCAAGGCGGCUUUGGAUCCGUCUACCGCGCGACAAUCCCUAACAACCAACAAGACCGCUACAAUUACAAUCAAACCGUCGCUGUCAAGAUGAUGGACGCCGGCUCCCUCCAAGGCGAGCGGGAGUUCCAAAACGAGCUCUUCUUCGCGUCGAAACUCGACUCUUCCCUGGUCGUCCCAGUUCUCGGCUUCUCUUAUGACCGAAAGCGACGCCGCAUGCUUCUGGUUUACGAGCUCAUGCCUAACGGCAAUCUACAAGACUCGUUGCUUCAUCGAAAAUGCCCCGAAUUAAUGAACUGGAAACAGAGGUUUUCGAUUGCCGUUGAUAUUGCCAAGGGACUUGAAUAUCUCCACGGAUUGGAUCCUCCAGUAAUUCACGGAGAUGUUAAGCCUAGUAACAUUUUGCUGAAUCAGUAUUUUUCAGCCAAAAUUGCGGAUUUUGGAUUAGCAAGGUUGAAAUCUGAGGAAAUUAAAGUGGAAAUUGCUGAGGAUUGUGGAUCUGUGGCGGAAACUGAGAGUGUGGCUACAGGAAUUGAGGAGUUCAAUUCGGUGGUUGAUCAACCUCCGGGUUCAGUUAUGGAAUCACCGGAGAGUGCGGAGGUUGUUACAGUUGCAGUAUCUCCAGAGACAGUAGGGGUGCCAGUUGCAAUGUCUCCGGAAAUAAUGAAUAAAGGAAGUGUUUCGGAGGGGAAUUUCGAUAGGGCUAGUGUCGAGAGUGGAAAAGAAUUGAUGAAUGGUGGGAAGCAGAGUGGGAAAGGGAUAAGGAGUGGUUCCGGUAGGGAUUGGUGGUGGAAGCAAGAUAACGGGGCGGUGGCAAAGAGUGGGAAAGUGAAGGACUAUGUGAUGGAAUGGAUUGGGACUGAGAUUAAGGAGAGAACUGGUAAUGAUUGGAUUGCUUCGGUGGCUUCUUCCAGUAGUGAACUGAAUGCGAAAUUGGAGAAGAAGAAGAAGAAGAGUAGAAAAAGGUUGGAAUGGUGGGUGUCAAUGGAUGAUGAUAAGGAAAAGAAUGUAAAGAAGGAGAAGCGGAGGCCUGCGAGGGAUUGGUGGAAAGAGGAGAACUGCAAAGAGCUUGAAAAGAAGAAGAAGAAGAAGAAGGGACAGUUGGGGAUGUACCAUAGUGAUGAUAAUGGUAGUGGGGAGAAUUGGUGGCCAGUUGAUGACGAAUUUUAUACAGAGAGGAAGAAAAAGAGUAAAAGAAGUAGGAGUAAAGGUAGUGUUGGCAGUGUGGAUUGGUUGUGGGAUGGGCUUAGUGGUGAAUUGUGGAGAGCUCGCCGAAACAGUUAUGAUUCAUUCAGUGGGGAGAUUCCUAAGAGUGGUGGUUUUAGCAGUACGCCUAGUAUGAGAGGAACAGUUUGCUACAUUGCUCCUGAAUAUGGUGGUGGUGGGGAUCUAUCAGAGAAGUGUGAUGUUUAUAGUUUUGGGGUUCUAAUGUUGGUUUUGAUAGCAGGACGGCGACCCCUGCAGGUUACAGGCUCACCUAUGUCAGAGUUUCAGCGGGCCAAUCUGAUUUCUUGGGCGCGGCAUCUUGCGCGUACAGGAAAGCUCAUUGAUUUGGUUGACCAGAGUAUACAAUCUCUGAACAAGGAACAAGUUCUUUUGUGUAUCACGGUUGCAUUGCUUUGUUUGCAAAAAUCACCUUCUCAUCGGCCUUCCAUGAAGGAGGUUGUGGGCAUGCUCACUGGUGAGGCAGAGCCGCCUCAACCACCAAUCGAGUUUUCCCCUUCACCACCAUCAAGAUUCCCAUUUAAGUCACGGAAAAAGGUCCGGUGAGUUUUCAUUGCCCAGCGGUAAAUUUUCUUAAAUCAGUAGCUUAUUGCUGUAGAUCAUUAUUCCUUCAUCUUUGCCGAUGAUCAUUGUAAAGAAAUCAUAGUAAUUGUUCUUUUUUUCCCCAUUUUAAAUUCGAUGGUUUUCAACUUUCUUUCACUUGCACUUCUGUUGAUAUUACUGGUAUAGCCUACAGGUUCAUAUUAAUAUAUCAUGAGU